AUUGCAGCAGCUGCUACAGAUUAUAUUGUCGGCUCAAUUAUUGCACCAGGAGCAGGGGGAGACCGGAGAGAUGGAGAGUCAAGUAAACGCUCGUAGCUAUCUCUUGUCUUCCCCUCUCCGAUCCAGCGCACCCUGCAGUCUGCAUUCUAAUCUAGUGCCAGACAGCAACGCCGGCCGGGAGAUCAUGGCGAGCACGGUGGUGAGCAUGGCGAGAUCCAUGCUGGGCGCUGUUAUCAGCGUGGCCGCCUCCGCCGCGGCCACCGAGAUGAGCCUUCUCAUCGGCGUCCGCAAGGACAUCUGGUUUAUGAAAGAUGAGCUAGAGACGAUGCAUGCGUUUCUGGUGACCGCUGAAGCAACCAAGGAAAAUAACAGGCUACUGCAGGUGUGGGCUAAGCAAGUGAGGGACCUAGCCUAUGGUAUUGAGGAUUGCCUUGAUGAAUUUAUGGUAUUGACGUUGAAAACAGAAUUCCCCCCGCUCCCUCCCGCCGCCGCCGCCCCUCCCGCCGCCGCCGGCCGUCGGCCCCGCCCCCCGCCUCCGCCCCCCUUCCGCCCUGCCCCUCCUCCGUCAAGGCCGCCUCGCGCCGCCUCCCCGGGAGGUGGCCGGGGCGGAGCUCGCGCCCCUCGCCCGCGGGAGGCGGCGGUGCAGCCCGGCUUGGCUGCGGUCCGGCGGCCUUGCGGUGGCGGCCGGCGGCCGGCGUGGUGACGGCGCCGCUCCAUGGCGGCGGGGCGGCGUGGUGGUGCUGGGUGGCCGUCGACGCGCCCCCGGCCCAGAUCCGGGCACGUCGGGCCCCAUCUGGGCCCCUGGGGGCCGGCCCCCCGGCAUGGUCUCGCUGUCUGCGGCGCGGUGAGGAGAAGGAGCGGCUCGGACUUGGGGCGUCGGCGCCGAUGGCGUGCCGGCAGCAGCGCGAAGGCGGGAGCUUUACGGGCCCAUGGGGGCUCGGCCGGGCCUGUGGGCCUACGGGCCUGGUGUGCUCCUGCUAUUGCGUCCGGACGGCUACUGUCGCUGACGGUGGAGGUGGGGCCCUCCCGCGUGCCGAUGGUGCUGAUGCCCUAGUCCCGGCUCUGAUUCUUCGUCGUGCUGUCCUCACUUUACGGUGCCAUGGUGAGACGGCGUGGAGGCCUCAUGACCGCGUUGGCGCAGGGUGGUGGUUGGUUUGGUGGCGGGAUCCGGAGCGCCCGAGGUGCGGGUUGGGAUCGGGGGAAACCCCUGUCGGCGUGGCCGACUCCGGCGCGGUGGCGCCUGUGGGUGCCGCCUGACCUUCCGGGAGGGCGUCAGGGGCUACUCUUCCUCUCGCCUCGUCGUGUACCGGGGAAAACCCUUGGCAGCAGUGUCGUCAUCGUCGCGAUCCUUCUUGCAGGUGUUGAUUGGUGCCGGCGCUUCGAAGUCUUGGAGCCUCGUGAAUGAGCCCGGUGGGCCUAGCGAUCGCGAGGCUUCUUUGUUUUUGUUGAUCCGCCGUUGUUGGCAUUUGUUUCUUUUGCUCUUUCUCUGUUGUUUCUUUUGGGCGUGACUGUGCUGCUUCCGCCCCAGCACCUAUUCCUGUAUGAUUCGGUUGGUUGCUUUGUAUACAAAGCAGGGGAAACCCUUUUUCGGU